UACCCAAAACCGUCCCUACUCCAGAACAAUAACAAGAAGAAGAACCUUCGUCCUCUUUCUCCCCCAAUUAAGAACCCUAAUCAUCACCCACUGAAAUUCUUCAAUUUCGUCCAUAAAACGAUACAAUUCAAUCUUCGAAUCUUCAAAUUUCAGUUAGUAAUCCUCUAAAGAUCAAUCCAAUAUUGAAAACAUUGCAUUUGGUUUGGUUUUGAAUUGAUUCGAGUUUUGGUGGACCUGUGAAACAGAGUGAAUAGAUUGGAGGUUAGAGAGAGAGAGAGAGAUAUGGAUUCGAGUAGGAGAGCUGUUGAAUCGUACUGGCGAUCGAAGAUGAUCGAUGGAGCGACAUCGGAUGAAGAUAAAGUUACGCCUGUUUACAAAUUGGAGGAAAUUUGCGAGCUUCUUCGAUCUGCGCAUGUCAGUAUUGUUAAAGAAGUCUCUGAAUUUAUAUUCAAACGACUUGAUCAUAAGAGCCCAAUUGUUAAACAAAAGGCUCUGAGGCUGAUCAAGUAUGCAGUGGUAAAAUCUGGUGUGGAGUUCAGGAGGGAAAUGCAAAGAAAUUCAGCAGCUGUGCGCCAGUUAUUUCACUACAAGGGCCAGUUGCAUCCUCUGAAGGGGGAUUCUCUAAAUAAGGCUGUGCGGGACACAGCCCAUGAAACUAUAUCUGCAAUUUUUUCUGCGGAUGACAAUAAGCCGGCAUCUGCAGAGGAUCUUAAUAAACGAAUACAAGGUUUUGGGAAUACGAACUACGAAAUGCCAUCAGAAGAUAAGAAAUCUUUUCUAAGUGAGGUAGUUGGUAUCGGAAGUGCUACAAUAAAGCAGGGAUUGAGUAGUUUAACACAUGCCCCAUCAAUGAAGAAGAAUGACACUGGAAGUUACAAGAGUCCUAAUCUUCGGAGGUCAUUGAAUACAGAAAUGGACUACCCAGAUAGAUAUGAUCGAGCUGAACAUCACAGUGAAGCACAGAGCUCUUCACGGUUCUCAAAGAAUGUCAAUUCUGGACCUUGGGGCCAGGAUUUGAGGAUUAACCAGACAGAAACAACUAAUGGGGAUGCCAGUUCAAGUUAUGCUGAGAAUAAGACUCGCGAAGAGAGGUUAUUGGAGACUAUUGUAACAUCUGGUGGUGUCCGUCUACAACCUACAAGAGAUGCACUGCAGGUUUUCCUUGUGGAGGCCUCAAAGUUGGAUGCAUUGGCUUUAAGUCAUGCCCUUGAAUCAAAACUCCUCUCUCCUUUGUGGCAGGUCCGUGUGAAGGCUACCUGUGUUCUUGAGGCAAUUUUGAGGAAAAAAGAUGUUGAGCAGUUCUUUAUUGUGUCAUCUUAUUUUAGUGAAAAUAAAGAUGCUAUCACAAGAUGUUCUGAGUCUCCCCAAGCUUCUUUGAGGGAAAAGUCAAACAAGGUGUUAAUCCUUCUGGGUGGAGAACAGACCGACAACGGAAUGAAUCAUCCAGAAAAGCCAAUAAAGCCUGAGGCAACUACCGUUCAGCUGCCUGACUUAAUAGACACUGGUGGUGCUGAUGAUGACAAUAGUACAGAAGAUUUUAUUAAAAUGCAGAGUGACCAACACAUUGUGAAUCCAAAGACAUCAACUGCCCCUAUAUUUGAUGAUUUAUUUGGGGCUAGUUUGGGCACUGGUGUAAGUGCCAGUGAACAUAAAAAGGAUGAUGACCCAUUUGCUGAUGUCUCAUUUCACACCAACGACAACAAAGAGCACAUGGCUGAUAUUUUUUCAGGAAUGAAUGUUGAUAAACCAGUAUUAAAUGAGGUCCAUAAGACCGCAAAUGGAAAUGGAACCGAACCGUUCAAUAUCUUUGGGUCCAAUUCUGAAAUUCUGCUGCAGGAGGAAAAUCAUAAAAAAGAUGUUCACGAUCUAAUGGCUGGUUUGUCAAUAAAUGAAAAUGCCUCAAUGACACAGCAGAAAGGGACCUCCCCCGGGUCACUCUCUGAAAACAUGUUCUUUGAGUCUGCUGUGAAUCCCAAUCACCAGGCUUCGAACAAUGUUUUGAAUGGAAUACUUGGUUCUCAAGCAACGGGGGUGAAUGCGAAUUCUAUGUUUCCUUUGGGUCCUAUGGCAUAUAAUAUGCCAUCUGGCUUAAUGUUCAACCCCGCUUUUCCUUCCCAGCCAGUGAGUUAUGCCUCCAUGGGGAGUUUCUUAGCCCAGCAGCAGUUCUUAGCAGCAGUGUCCAACUUCCAACAUUUGGGGAACCUGCAAUCUCAAAAUGCCGAUAUUAGUCAUGCUGCUGGAACUAUAGGAGGGGUAUAUUCUGCAGCUCUGCCUGAUAUUUUCAAUCCGAAUAUUCCGACUCAAACUCCCAGUCCAGUGAUGAACAGUUCAAAGAAAGAGGAGACCAAAGCAUUUGAUUUUAUCUCGGAUCAUUUGGCAGCUGCUCGUGAUCCUAAAAGGGUGGUCUGAGUCUUGGUAUCAAUGCUCGACUGCAGAGGACCUCCUUCUGACUUCAAUAGGGGCUUAUAUAUGUUUGAAGCAGGUUUUCUUUCUUUCUUUCUUUUUCGAUGAUGAAGGUUUUUAUAUUCUUUUGUAAUAAUGUUCCAGCACAGAUCUUAAAGAAUGACGGUUCCCUUCAAAACUGAGUUAUAGUUGAUAAAUUUGAAGGACUAUUCCCAUACUGGAAGUGGAGAGUGAAAAAAGUUUCAUGGACAUCCUUGUGUACCCAAGAGGCAUAGAAAAGUGAGAAUCUGGUUCUGCUGUUAGUUUAUUUUUUGGAUAUUGUAAUCAGGCAUUGAUGAAUUUCGAAUUUCUCUCCCCUUGUAAUGAAUUUGUAGAGUUGAAUAUUUUGUUUUUUUUCUUUCUUUUUAUUUUUUUGGGUUAAUUUAAAUUUGCAACUCCUUUUUAAUGC